CUGCAACAGUUGCAUACCUUACUUUCUGACUAUUACAGGUGCCUUCGCUUGCAAGAUGGUACCAUUUGUUCAAUCCACUGCUAUUGUAACUGAGAUUCUUACAAUGACCUGCAUUGCUGUGGAAAGACACCAGGGAAUUGUGCAUCCACUAAAAAUGAAAUGGCAGUACACCAAUAAAAGAGCUUUCACGAUGCUUGGCAUAGUCUGGUUGUUGGCAGUUAUUGUUGGGUCACCUAUGUGGCAUGUGCAACGACUUGAGGUUAAAUAUGACUUUCUGUAUGAAAAAGUGUAUGUUUGUUGCUUGGAAGAAUGGGCCAGUCCGAUUUAUCAGAAGAUAUAUACGACCUUUAUUCUUGUUAUACUAUUCCUUCUUCCACUGAUGUUGAUGCUUUUUUUGUACACUAAAAUUGGCUAUGAACUCUGGAUCAAGAAACGAGUGGGAGAUGCUUCAGUUCUUCAAACCAUUCAUGGGAGUGAAAUGUCUAAAAUAUCAAGGAAGAAGAAGCGAGCAAUUGUUAUGAUGGUGACAGUGGUGUUUCUCUUUGCAGUCUGUUGGGCCCCUUUCCAUGUGAUUCACAUGAUGAUAGAAUACAGUAAUUUUGAAAAGGUGUAUGAUGAUGUGACAGUCAAAAUGAUCUUUGCAAUCGUCCAGAUUAUAGGAUUCUUCAAUUCUAUUUGCAACCCUAUUGUGUAUGCUUUCAUGAACGAAAACUUCAAGAAAAAUUUUUUGUCUGCUAUCUGCUUCUGCAUUGUCAAAGAAAAUGUAUCACCAGCGAGGCAACUUGGGAACUCGGGGAUUACUAUGAGGCGGCAAAAGGCAAGUGUUUCUCAAAGAGAUCCCAUUGACUCAGAUGAAGCCAGGAGGGAGGCAUUCAGCGAUGGCAACAUUGAAGUCAAGUUCUGUGAUCAGCCUGCUUCCAAAAGGAAUUUAAAAAGGCACCUUGCCUUAUUCAGCUCUGAGCUUACUGUGCAUUCUGCAUUAGGAAAUGGACAGUAACAUCACAAAGGUUUGGAGAAUGGAAAAAGCAUUCUCUUUACGUGAUAACUUUGAAUAAGCUGCUUUAAAAUAGUUUUCUACUUUGCAUGCUGCAAUGAGGGGAAAAAUAUUUUGUGGAUUAUUAUAAUGUUGGGAUAAUGGUUGAGAAAAUGUAAUAUAUUUUAUAAGGAUGAGGAGUAAAACUUUGGAAAACAA